GCAUGGCUAGUGUCUCGUCUUCGAUUUUCGAUAAUUGGAAAGGCUUCUGCGCACUGGAAGAAUUUCCGUGGAAAAGUUUGAUGAAAAGAUUGCUCACCAAAGAAAAUUUUGACUUUUAAUAAGGCUAGAAAUGUCAGACAGAAUCACAGAAUCUGCUAGUUUAUAUUCAAUUGCCUCUGACUCGCGUUAUGAGCAUUUGCUGUACGAGUUAGAGACCAAUGACACUAGCAGCGUUGGAUUGGUCAUAAGGGCCAUUUACGAUGGCGACGAGCACAAGAGUUUCAUGGAGAAGCUGGAUGCACGGAUCAAAACGCAUGACAAGGACAUCGAGAAAAUGUGCAAUUUCCACUAUCAGGGCUUCAUCGACUCAAUCAGGGAACUCCUCCAAGUCAGGACCCAGGCCCAAAAGUUAAACGAAGGCGUUGUGGGAAUAAACACGGAAAUUCGAAGCUCGGCUGCUGCUUUGGCAGCAAAGGGUGAGGAGUUGUGUAAGGCGAGAAAAACCGAACACAACAUUGCCACGGCCAUCGAGAGCCUCUCCUUGUGUCUUCCUGUUCUCACAACCUAUGCAAAGCUGCAGAAGCAGAUGGCUGAAAAGCGAUACUACCCUGCCUUGAAAACGCUGGAAAUGCUGGAGCAUCAGUACUUACCCCGUGUGGCUAAUUACAGAUUCUCACAACAAAUGAGAGAAAACAUUCCAAUUCUCCGUGAAAAUAUCAAGGAUGCUUCGAUGUCUGAACUGAAAGACUUUUUGGAAAACAUUCGAAAGCUUUCCCCGAAAAUUGGGGAGGUUGCUAUGAAACAUACCAAUGAGCUGCUAGCUAGUGAUCCUGUUGCAGUCGUCAGGAAAAAGAAGCGGCAAGCCCCUGCGCCCCCAAACCCUUUUACAGGGGAGGUUGAGCAGAACUUCAAGAACGUGUCUCUUGAUGCAAGUUUAGACGGCGAUGACGAUUUGAGUGCUCAAGAUAUGAUCGAUUUUUCACCAGUUUACAGGUGUCUUCAUAUUUACACUGUGCUAGGAUUAAGAGAUCUCUUUGAGGACUACUAUCGGAAGCAAAGAAAGAAGCAGGCCCUGUUGGUCAUUCAGCCCCCAACAAAUAUGCAUGAGAGUGUUGCGGAGUACAAAACCUACAUUCACGCUAUAGUCGGAUUCUUUGUCAUCGAAGACCACAUUUUAAAUACAGGCAAUGGCCUAGUCACUAGGAGUUACUUGGACGAAGUUUGGUCAAUGGCAUUAACAAGCAUCGUCAAUGCUCUGCGGACACACACUGCUUACUGCACAGACGCCACAUUGAUGCUGAAAAUCAAAUACCUGAUAAUGAUUUUUAACAAUACACUGAGAAACUAUGGCUACUCUGUCGUCCAACUGACGGAACUUCUGGCUGAGAUCCGUGAGCACUACAAUGAAGUUCUUAUGCAGCGGUGGGUCCAGGUGUUCAGAGAAAUUCUAGAUGAAGAGAGUUUUUUGCCGAUAGAGGUCCAAACGAGUGAUGAAUUUGACGAUAUAGUCAACAAUUUCCCUUUUGUGGAUGAUGGUUUACAGCAAAAGCCGUUCCCUAAACUAUUUCCAUUUUCCUCCAUGGUUCCAAAAGUUUAUCAGCAAGUCAAAGAGUUUAUUUAUGCAUGUUUGAAGUUUUCAGACGACUUGAACUUGAGUCACGAAGAGGUGUGUGAAAUGAUCCGAAAGUCAACAAAUCUUCUUUUGACUCGUACAUUCAGUGGUUGUCUCUCGUCAAGUUUUCGAAAACCUAGUCUUGGGCUACUGCAAAUGGUUCAGAUCAUUUUAGACACUGGCUACUUAGAACAAGCAACAGUAUAUCUUGAGGAAUUCGUUGCCAACAUCACAGGAGCCCACGUCGAAGCUCAGUUUGUGUCCAGAAAUGGCCCACCAGCUAUGUUUCGAGUUGCCCGAGCAGAUGCUGAGCAGCAGAUUAUUGAAAAGCUUCAAAAGAAGCUUGAUGAAUUUAUGGAGCUGGAAAAUUAUGACUGGAUGCUAGGUGAGCCACAAGGACAUGCUUCAAGUCACAUCGCCGACAUGAUUGCUUAUUUGCAAAGCACCCUACAAGCCUUCAAUCAAUUGCCAGUGGCGGUUGCACAAAAAACGUGCAAAGCAGCAUGCCAGCAUUUAGCAGAUGGAAUGCUUCAUCUGUUAUUACAAGAGGAGGUUCGACAAGUCUCUUUAGGAGCUCUCUCGCAACUUAACUUGGAUAUAAUACAAUGUGAACAAUUUGCUGCUUCUGAGCCAGUGCCGGGUAUUGAGGAAGACGCUUGUCUGCAGUAUUUUGCAGAAAUGAGACAACUUCUAGAUCUGGUCAUGACAUGGGACUGGCCAACUUACUUCCACGAUUAUGGUCAAGAGACGAGCAAAUAUCCGAAUGUCAAUCCUAACAAUGCCAUCAUUUUGCUUGAAAAAAUGAGGGAAGCGGACAAAAAGACUGUGUUUGCAGUUUUGAAGAAGAGUGAGAGAGACAAGAAGAAAUUAUUGGAGACGGUCUUAAAACAACUGCGCCAGCUGGCUUCAGCUCCAAUUCAGCCCUAGAUAAAAUAAUGGCUUAACCAAAGAAAGCAUUUCUUGUUAUCUAAAGCCUCUUAUCCCUUGUUAAAUUCAUUCUAGAUAUCAUAUAAUUUAAAGUUUUUUUUUAGAAAUAGUAUUUUAUAAAAGUGCCUUAACAGCUAAAUAAAUUAUACUUUGUUAGCAGAAAAUAAUAUAGAAUAAAGCUGGAAUAAAGAAACUAUAAGUGACG